AUGAGCUCGAGAAGAGCUGGAAGAUUGGAGCGAGCGGGAAAGGCGGAACAGAGGGGAGGAGAGUAUAUGCGCGACGGCGAAUACGAGAUUUCCCCGGAUUUGGGCUUCCGCCGAGCAGCCGUCCAGCUUUUGCUAGCGAUUUCGGAGCGCCGCGCGAGCGCCCAUACAACAUCGAGGACCCGCGAGCGACACCCGACUCGCGCUCUACACACCCGCCGUCCCCAAGCCCGACUUCAAGCCGUCGGACUGCAACUCACGCCCUCGCGCGACAACAACAUUUUCUCCUCGGAUUUCGCCUUCCGCCGACCACUCCCAAGCGGGUGGUCUUGCUUUCAACAGAGCGCGACUACGACGGCUGACGAGUUCGAGCUCAGGACGAGGGCGCGAACCCUCCCCACACCAUCCCUCGCGCCUUACGACGACGACGACCUCGGUUUCUCUUCGGAUUCGGGCUUCCGCCGACCACCCCCUACGACGACGGGUACGGCUUCGAGCUCCACGGCUUGGGUCAUCGACGGCGGUUACGAUUCCGACUCGCGGGCACGUCUUCAACUCUCGACGGCGCUCUCGACCUCGGGCUUCGACGACCUGCAGCUUCGCGCGCACCCGUCUCCAAGCCCGACUUCAAGGUCGGGGUCUCUUCGGUGAGUACCUCGCACUUCUCGCUCACUCACGGCUGGAUCAGGUCUGUCUCGUCUUGUCUCCCCCUUCACUCCUCGCUCCCUCUUGAUGUACCCACUCUAGCUCGCUCCCCCUCUCAAUCUAGCUCGAGGAGCAUGUUCGAGUGCCAAAUUCUCCUUAGCACGGGUUGGCCUUGGCCUGUAUAUACCCUGCAUCUGUAGUAGCCUUUGAAUAGACUGUUUUC